CCAAAAUGCAACACAGAAAGAAGAAAACUAAACGGAGACCGAAUCUUAGACGUUCACUCCGUACAUUAAGUUUAAUGGUUCUAUCAACAGCUUCAUAUGACAGGAAAUGAUCUGGGCGUUCUGUUCACUAAUUCUGGAUGCCCUUAGUUUCAGAGAGCAACUGCUAACAUGGAUUGCACCUCGGAAGGAGACAGCUGAACUCUCCCUCUGGCUUUAGUGAGGAAAGAGCAGCGAUGAAAUCCGUGGACUGUGUGCACGUCAUCCAACAGAAGGAUACCGCCUCCUCUCCCUCUGCCCCCCCUGGUGCUGCUUCAGGCACCGUGGGACUUUUUUCUGUUACAUUCCUGUGGCUUGCAAUGCUCCUGUCCUCUUGUCUUGCAGCAGUGUCUCUUUACCAUGUUAUCACCCUGAAAACAGAACUAGAAGCUCUGCGCAGCAAGCUGAUCUACAGGGUCCAGGCAAAGUCUCCGCUAGACCAGCCACCCGUGUCCGUUGAUGCAAAUAAAGCGGGUGGCCCUGUUUCUUCCUUUCUGCAAGUGUCUGCCACUGGCACCAGGCAGGAGAACAAGCUUCCUGGUCCUGGCCCAGCUGAAAGCUUCCAAAAGGAAAUCUGGAACAAGAGCAGAAACAGGGGGAGAAGGUCUGUUGUUCACACAGAAGAAACAGUGCUGCAGGCCUGCUUGCAACUGAUCGCUGACAGCAAAAGUGACAUCCAACAGAAAGAUGAUUCAAGCAUUGUCCCUUGGCUUCUGAGCUUUAAACGUGGAACAGCUCUGGAAGAACAAGGCAACAAAAUAGUGAUCAAAGAAACCGGAUAUUUUUUCAUAUAUGGCCAGGUUUUAUAUACUGAUACAACAUUUGCUAUGGGACACCUAAUACAGAGGAAGAAGGCCCAUGUGUUUGGUGAUGAUCUCAGCUUGGUGACACUGUUUCGUUGCAUCCAAAAUAUGCCACAAUCUUAUCCGAAUAAUUCUUGCUAUACUGCUGGCAUUGCAAAAUUAGAAGAAGGGGAUGAACUUCAACUUACGAUACCACGGAGAAGAGCCAAAAUAUCCUUGGAUGGAGAUGGUACUUUUUUUGGCGCAGUUAGACUCCUCUGAAGCCCUUCAUUUAUGUUAUUAUGCCUAAUGCAAUUUUCUUCUUUUUCCCAUGCCUUUGUCAGAAAAAAAAAUAAACUGCAAUAAAGCUGCCUAUUCAGUCCCUCCCCAUCCACCACUAGCUUCUGGGAACUUUUCUUUGGUUUAAUAAUCAAGCACAAAACAGGAAAUGCACCAGUCACAUUUGUGAGAUAUAACCGUCGUGAUUACCAGAAAGCCAAUUUAUUUUAGACAAUGGGAGAUUCUAAAUUACAGCUGUAAAGGAAUGGAGUUUUGGCUUUGAAAUAAGUUAUUGUCCAUAAGACAAACCAAAGGAGGAGUUGACCAUAAAGUAUGCUAUAAACAAGACCAUUGACUAUCAAAUUAUUAUCCAUAAUAAUACUUAUAGGAAUAUAGGAAUACUAAUAGGAAAACUAAACCACAAGUACUUCUCAUUUUAGAUCUCCUAUGUUUCAUCAAUAAAAUAUUUGAAGUACAAAGUAUAGGGAAGUAACAUCAAAUAGUAGAUUCCUCAUAACAAAAUAGAUAUAUCAGGUGGGUUCUGGGGUGUGGUUUUUCAGUUGAGUUUUUUUUCCCUUUGACACAAAGACUUUGAGACAGCAAACAGUCUAAAUGUAUGGGAUAAUGAAAGCAAAAUAGACAGAACAAUAGCCUCUAGCUUGCUUCUUCCCUGUGAACAAAAGAUGCAUAUGCUACUAAUAUCUCUUAGUAUUUACUAUCAGAAUUGAUUUUACUGGGGAAAGGACAUGUAAGAUGCUUCGACAGCUCAAUCUUCAAAGCAUUGCUACUCGUGGAAUAUAUGUGUACUUCUAUGUAAGCAAGGUAGGGAUAGAAAGAAACACUGUGAGAUUAGACACAGUAAAAUAAGUGGAAUUGGAUUUCUGGCUUAAUAAUCUCUGCAGUCAUAUAUAGAGGUGUACAUAUAUACAGUGUAUAUUUAUAAAUAGGAAGGUAUGUACACUUGCAUAUGUAAGGCUUUGAGAUUUGGGUAUAGAUUUUAUUUUGCUUUGAAUAGUUUGUCCAAUGGAAAUAUUACCACAUACCUAUUUUUUUAUUUCUCUUGCUUUUUGAUAUGAUCCACUCUAUGCAAUAUAGUACAAAGAAAAAUCCAAUAAACUUGGAACCAGUGAUACAAGAAAAUACAUUUGUAUCCCAGAAAUCUGAGCUCAAUCCCUAGGUUAAGAAUCAGCUUUUUCUGCCGUUUUUAAUAUAUUGGUCGACUCUGUUUUACAAAAACAAUCAGAUCUGUAGAAAGACUUAACAGAUGUCUUUUUAUCUUUUCUUUUGUCUCUCUACUUUGUUCAGUAGAUAAGAUUUAUGUCUUUUUUACCCCAAGAAUCCAUGUGUAUUGUGUGAUCAAGGUAAUAACAUGGUAAUAGUGUGAUCAAGACUUCUUCUAGGAGCUGUUGUAACACAAAUAUUGGACUUCUAUUCCACUGUUCUUCACAAGUAUUGAAGUGCUACUGAAAUGGAUAAAAUAAUCAAUCAAACGCACAGUGAUGAACUGUACUUCAUUUGAAAAUAAUUUUGAGGGAUUGAGAAUUGUGUCAUAUAAACUCAUUUAGUAAA